GCCAUGGCCUCUGCCAGGCCCCUCGUCAGCGUGCAGUCCCUUGCAGGGGAGGCUGCUGAGCAGACAAAUCUUCCAGCAGUGUUUUCUGCACCCCUCAGACCAGACAUCGUGCGCAUUGUUCACACUGGCUUGGCCAAGAACAAGCGUCAGGCCUAUGCAGUCAGCGUGAAGGCUGGGCAUCAGACCAGUGCAGAGUCAUGGGGUACCGGGCGUGCAGUCUCCCGUAUCCCCCGUGUGCCAGGCGGCGGUACACACCGUGCAGGCCAGGGUGCCUUUGGGAACAUGUGCCGUGGAGGUCGCAUGUUCGCUCCCACAAAGACAUGGCGCAGGUGGCACCGUAAGGUCAGCAUCAACCAGAAGAGGUACGCAGUGGUGUCUGCUCUGGCAGCAUCUGCUGUGCCCUCCCUGGUGCUGGCACGCGGACACAGGAUCGAGCAGGUGCCAGAGAUCCCUCUGGUGGUGGAUGACGGUGUCGAGACAUACAGCAAGACCCGCAAGGCUCUUGAGCUGCUCGAGAAGCUGGGCGCAUCUGCAGAUGUGGAGAAGGCGCGCGCCAGCCGCAAUGUGCGCCGCGGAAAGGGAAAGAUGCGCAACCGUCGCUACACGACGCGCAAGGGCCCCCUGGUGGUGUACAGCGGUGACAGCGGCAUCUCGCGUGCCUUCAGGAACAUCCCCGGUGUCGACCUGCAGGACGUGGAGUCCCUCAACCUGCUGCAGCUGGCGCCCGGUGGCCACUUGGGCCGCUUCAUCAUCUGGACCAAGUCUGCCUUCGACAGGCUGGACGAGAUCUUCGGCACCACAGAAGAGGCCAGCAAGCAGAAGAAGGGGUACAAGCUGCCGCGGGGGCAGAUGACCAACGCAGACCUGACCCGCCUGAUCAACAGUGACGAGAUCCAGUCCAUCGUGCGCCCGCCCAAGACCGGCCGCACCAACGUGCCCCUCAAGAAGAACCCUCUCAAGAACCUGGGCGCCUUGCUCAAGCUCAACCCCUACGCCAAGACCGCCCGCCGCGCCGAGCUGCUCGCGCAGGAGCGGAAGCAGAAGGAGAAGACGCUGGAGAAGGCUCGCAAGGCGCGCACAGAGGAGACCAAGAAGGUGGGCAAGGACUUCUAUGGCAAACUCAUCCAGGAGUCGGACUACCAGGGAGAGGACUAUGAGGUCUUCUCCUCCUGGCUGGGCCAGACCGCCUGAGCAGCUGCCUCGCUGCCUGGCUUCCUGCCUGCCGAGUUGGCUUUGUUUCCAUUUGUCUGUUAGGCUGCUGCUUGUAGGAGGAACGGUGUAACAACGGGAAUGGAUCCUUGGAAUACCUGUAAAAGUAGAUGCUGGUC